AUGUUUACUGAUGAAAAUCUUGGUGCUGUCGGCUUUCAGUCUUCCUGGAAGCAACAAAGGCAAACAGAAGAAUCAGGUAGUCAGACAAAACAGGUGAAAUGUAAGGAAGCUGAAACCCAAUUAUGUGAUUAUACAGAGAAACAGUGUCAGACAAUUCCACAGACAUUUUCAGAUUUACACAUUCAACAAGAUGACUCUCCUGAAUUAGCAGCAUUUCUCCAAAAGAUUGAACCCUUGCUCUACAAAGAACUUGAUAAAAAUGCUAAAAGCCAAGCCUUCAAAGGUUUCCAAGUAAGCUGGGAAGAGGAGUCAACAGCAGUAUGUGAAAAAUACAUCCUCACCCAUGCUGAAUUAAAAGAAGAACUACAAGUCACAGGAUUGUCUUGGAAUUCCUCUGGUUCUGUUAUUGCUGUUUCAUAUCCUCUCAAACAAAAUUUGAAAAUAUGGAAAUCCUAA